AUGAUCCUGCACUAUCCCGUCUGGGAGAUUUUCCCUGAACAUCCCGUCCUGGCGCGCAUCGCCCAUGUGGCAUCUCAGGUUGAUCUUUCUGGCCUUGUAGGGAUGGAUCGAAGCGUGAAGGCCUCUGCAAAAUCCACUCGAAGGUCGAUCUGGUGCGGAGAAUCAACAACGGGUAUGGUGCAGUCUAAAAACAAUAGAUACCGUCUUCAGCUUCGGAAAGGAGAUUAUUUCCGCAGUCUCCUAGUGCUCGUCCUUUUGUCUUGGCCAAAGGCCUCGCCAGGCCUGCGGGCUUAUCCGAGAUCCGACCGCCAACCACUAAAGCCGGUUCCAGGUUUCUCGCUCGACCGUAACGUUGCUUGA